AUGCCAUCCACGCCACCCCUGCCGGGCCCGUCCUCCCGCCAGCCGCCGCCGCCACCCCUCUCCCUCGCCACCUCUACGCCACACCAACACGAGGCCACCACCGCAGCAUCCUUUGACCCGGAGCUCGAAGAGCGCAAUUACCACCCACCCAAGUCGGCGCAUUCUCAGACACAAACAUCCUCCUCCGCCCCCUCGCCUCUUCGGUCCAGCAUCGUCGCCAAGCAGAGCUCGCGAGCUCUGCAGAUGACUGCUGUCUACAGGUCUCCAUCUCCCACAUCCCCGUCCAAAACAGACCGCCGUGUCCCGUCUGGCAGGCGCAAAAGCCACAGCGACUUGGUUCAGAUGAUAGAUAAAGCUCAGCCGGGUGGCAGGAAACCUUCGCCCACCUCGCACUUGGGCGCGCGGGGCAGGAGAAUCUCACUGUCCUCCAACCCGUCUUUGCGAAGGCCAAGACCUGAUGAUCUGUUGAAUCCCAUGUCGCCCAGUAUCCUUGACGCCAAGGCUGAGAAGCUCGUAGAAGGCUAUCCGUUUCCGGAUGUUGGCGGUCAACAGUCGACGCCUGAACCAGACGCCGAGGAACGAGCUAGAGUCGUGGAGGAACUGCAGAAGGAAGUCCAAGAGCUGAAGCAGAGUUGUGCGAGGUUUCAGACUGCCUAUACGACGCUGGAGGCUUGGAUUUUGAAUCUCCUUCCUCCACCGCCAGGGGCAAUCCCGGAAAGACUUCCGUUCAAGCUUGCUCUCUUUGCAGCUACCUACUUCACCCUAUCCACUGUUGAAGGCUCAAGGACUCGAGAGUACUAUCGCGGCUUCCUCGCAUCUGUCGGCAUCACUCCCCAAUUCCCCGUCAGCAUAGAAGCUCUACCGCCUAUCCUCGUCGACGCCUUCUACCGGGCUCUCGUCGUCAUACUGAACGACAUACCACCCAGGCCGUCAAACGUCUCUGGGCGAGAUCACUCCUUGGCCAACCUCUCAUACCUUGACGCCUUCUGGUUCUUGAUCCACUCCGCCGACCAUGAACUCUUGACCAUCCUUUCAGAGUCUGUGGAGGCUGCAGUGGUAGCCUGCCAUGACGAAGCCCAGAGGUUCUCUUUGGAGCUAUUGAGGGAUGUCUUGAUGAGGCAAAUGAUCAUCGAUCCGGCUUCGCGAGAAGACAGUGACAUUUGGAAGCAGACGAAUCAAUCCAACAGAGUCAAAUUCUUCCACGCAGGUCUCAAGCUGAGCGAGUACAAUGACCCUCAGAGGGACCAGCUGGGCAUUUGCAGGGCCACCUCACUGGUUGUCGAGCAGGCAGAAAAGAACUUGGAAGAGGAGAGGGAGCGUAAGGCAAAGAGUCAGAGGAGGGAGGAGGCCACGAGGGAGAAGGAAGAAGCGCGGAAAAGGGACGAGGCAGCCCAGGAAGAAGAGGCCCGCAGGAGAGAGGAAGAGCUCAGUAGAGAAGGGUACGAGGAAUUUGAGCCGGAGGAUGGGGAAGAUGCCGGGGCGCCAUGA